AUGAGAAGACCGCCUGAUCGUCUUGUCCAAGUUGUCUUGAGGAUGCUUCCAAAUCCUGAAUGGAAAAGGGCCCCUGGUCGUAAAAGAAGGUUCCGGACAGGAGUGGUGAAGAAAGACCUUAGGACAUUUGGUGUUGACAAACAGUUCAGUCGAGAAGUAAAGUUCCGCUGCUUAUGGAGUAGCGACGAAUGGGAAGAUUCUGUGCAAGCUCUCGCAGAAGAUCGAGAAGGUUGGGCAGAGCUGUGUUCAAGGACGACACACCCCGGCGGAGAUGCAGAUAGCCGCGUUAAGCCGUAA